UCCGUCUGGCAAUGGCAACACUGACCCACAACAAAACGUAAAUUUUAGGCACGUCACAGCCGCGUCAUCAUGUCUCCGUGUCUGCUUUUAUCACUUAUAAGUUAAUUUGUUGAGCAUUAUCAAAUCUUAUCGGUACUUUUUAUGUGAACUUUUAAUUUUAAAUUUAUAGGAAUACACCUUCACGAUGGAAUUACUAUCGCAAGUGUCCAACACACAAUUUCUUUUCCCUAUCGCAGCAGUAGCUGUUGUUUUAGUGUGUGCUGCGUUAGUUUUUGUCUUCGGAUUCCAUUCGGCGGAACAGCCACAAUUCGAUAAGUUGCCGUUAGUUGUAGACGAUAGAAAAUCGUCAAACAAGAAGAGAAAAACAAAGGACAAGAAAUCUUCACCCAACCGUCCUACAAAUGAGGAUGUGAAGUCUAAGUCUGAAGCCUCUAAAAAGUCACCUUUGAAGGAGAAAAAAGAGGAAAAAGUGAAAGAAACAGAUAAACCAAAACCCAAGGAGAAAUCAGAGCCUAAAUUGGUAAAGAAAGAGACAGCAGGAGAAGCAAAAAAGACUAAAAAACCCAAGUCCAAUGUUGAGGUUGAGAAGCCUGCAGAUUUUGAUGAAGGUGUUUGGGAGGAGGUGCCAAAGAAGAGUGACAAAAAGAAAGUGAAAAGUCCUGAAGAAAAAGAGAAGGAAAAGAAGAAAGAGAGCCCUGCUAAGAAGAAUAAGAAAGUGGUUAAGGAUGAUGUAGAAGCUGCUCAGUCUCAACAAGAAGAGGCUGUUGAAGAGUCCGUUAAGUUGGUGAAAGCCGAAGGGCCUCAACUUGAUGAGGAAUCUACACGUGCCUUGCAAGCUCAAGUGGAAGAGUUCCAGCGAGUGUUGAAAGAGGCUGAACUACGUGAGCAGGCUGCCCUUGGUGGUGCAGAUGAUGAACUAGUAGCUGAUGAAGAACUUCCAGAUGUUAAAGAUUUGAGAAGCAACAAGAAGAAAGAAAAUAAAGAGAAACAAAAUAAAAAAAAAUCUAUAGAAAUUGCUGCUGUUGCGAAGAAUGCACCCAAACCUGAGCCUGAAGACACUUCCGAUGGACUGGCUAACCAAGGAGAAAAGCAGAAUGUUCCAGUGUUUGAUGAGUUAGGAGACACUUGGACUGAUGCGAAAGUGUCUAAGAAAGGCAAGAAAAAGGCGCGCAAGGAUCAGUGAGGGUCGAGUAAGUAAAUACAGGGUCCAUUUGAGGGCUACGCCCUGUUACUAGCUCAAUACCAGUCAUACUUCUGAUAAAGUUAUUGCUUCAGUUUAAAAUAAAUGCAAACUUUUAUCAUUAUAGCUCAUCGGCUUGUUUACAAGUAAUCCACAAUACCAAUUGACAUUUUGUUAAAUUUAAUUUUAGGGUUGUAAUUUUACAGGGUGGUGCAAUUGCACUAUUUUAAUGUCAUAACUGUUCAUUUUCAGUCAAUUUACGUCCAUGUUUUUAGUUUCAUAUUUUAUUUUUUAUUUAGCUAAUGUUGACAUGUUUUUUUCUUUAUAAAUUAAUUAUUGUUUACAUAGAAGCAUAAUAUGUUUUGUUUUUUAAGCAUUAUAUGAGUCAUAAUUUUUUAAUUUGUUCCAAGAACAUUAAUUGACCUUUGGGAAUCUGCAAUAUGUUUGAGUUUUAUUAUCCUGUUGUACUGAAAUGGUGCAAUGUUCUAAAACUCUCAAUGUUUAUUUAAGUUUUAUUAAUAAAUAUACAUCAGGACCUCACAAGUGAUGAUAGCAUUAGAAACCCAACCCAUUAUAUUAUUCAAGAUCUUCUGGUGCUUGUAGUUUUUAAGAAGAAAAAUCCUUUCAUUCCAUAUGUUUGCAUUUUAUCAUUAUUUCUCAUUCUACUCACCCAUUAACAUAUAUAGUAGUAUGCUCAUACUACUAAAAACAUUUUUGUUUUGAAUAAUUGUGAUUGACCCAUGACAGAAAUGUGAUGAGACCUGAAAUUGGACCAAUGUGUAAACAGUCACGCACGAUAUGCUGUUGAUUAGUGCUUACUCCUAACUUUCAAUAAAUUUCAUAGUAGAUUUAUAGAUAGAUAUCAUUUUGUUUCUACUUUGUACUAGAUUAUCUUGAUAUUAGAUUGUAAUGUAAAUAUUUGCCGUCCGACACAUUCUUUUUUUGAUUCUGUGCAGCUCCUAUACAAAUGCCAUUCGACCUGUCAAAAUGAAUUCUUUUGUUUGUAAAAAAUAUUUAUGAAUAUAUUUAUUCAAAUCUUGAAUAUUAUUAAAAUUUAUUCAAAACUAAAAACGUAAGAGCGUUCCUGUUUUAUUGCAGAUUCCUAUUUUGUAUACUUAGAUGUAAGAAUAAAUAAUAAAGUCUAGAAUAGUACUGUCACCAUUCUGUAUAAAUUUAUCAUUGAAAAUUCUAAAUGUCUCAGAUUGCAUAUUAUUUAUUAUGGUAACAUUAGGUUAAGAGUGAGAGCUUCAAUGUUGAUUCAAUUUAAAUUUUUGUAGCUUCAACUAAAUUUUAUUUACAAAUGAUGUGUGCAAUAUUCAGGAUAUCAACUGUCAGUUCAUUCAAUCUACAGCAUAUCUCUUGUUAGAAUGAGAUAAAAAUACUUGCAUAGCUUAACGUGUUAACUG